AUGGCUAGGCGUCCCGAGCCGGAGCAGUUCCUCUGCCCAGAGUACAAUGCCGCCCAUCCAUCGCCGGGGAAGGAAGAGGUUGAUGAAGAAGAAGACGAGGCAGAAGAGGCUGGACUCUCGCUGAUGGAGCGGAUGGCCACUGGAGAGCCGCUGGAAAUCGAUUUGGAUACCAGCCCGAUGUUGGCCUCGCUGGCGCCGCUGCUGGCACCGCAUGAGGACGACGGCGCGCCCGAGGUUGUUGAUCCCACCCCGGGCUCCGACUCGGCAGCUAUUGUCUCGCGGACCGUUGUUCUUCACCGUCAAGAGGUCAAGCCGGAAGAACUGUCGCUGACGCUGGAGAGCCUGCGCGAGUCGCUUGCGGCGGCAGCGGCGGCCGGUGAGUACACCCAGCUCAUCCGCCGGCUGCGGCAGGUGUUUGGCUCGACAAGCUUGCUGGGCGCGGCCUUUCUUGCCCCCGGGACAGACAACGCCAACGCUGACGAGUGGGGCACGGUGCUCGAUGAAGUGACGGCGGCGUACGAAGCGUUGUACGCGGUGGACGAGCCGAUGGUGGCGACGGCGGUGCGGCAGGCGGCCGAGUACCUGAUGAUCGACCAGGCGGUGGCGGCACCGAUGCUGCGAUCACACAUCGAGCUGCGUCAGUUUGUGAUUGUCCUGCUCAACCCGUACCUGCUCGACGAGGAUGCAGCGAACUUGCUGCGCAAGACCGCGCUUGCCGUGGCAUCACUGUCCGACGCCCUCAAGCAGGUCCUCGUCCGCUGGUUCGCCGCCUGGCCACGUCGCCACCUCUCGAACCUGGUAGCCACGCUCCAGUCAUUUGUCCUCCUUCGCUCGGUCUCGGUCCCCUCGCUCAACCCGCACACUGACGUGCCGAUUAUCUCGGUGGUCAAGAUUCUCGCGCUCACCCACGCGGGCAACGAGCGGCGGGCGAACGCGUGGCGCGAGGCCCGGCUUGGUGAGCUUAGCGACGACGCCGCUCCCCUGCCACUCACCGACUUUUACAACGACACCGUCAACGGGCAUGACUUUCUGGAUCUGGUGCAGGACUACGAGACGUGGAUUAACUCGUCGGGCGGUGAGUUCUCGUUUUGCGCCUACCCGUUCCUCCUCGACGCCGCCACCAAGGCUGACAUUGUCUUUCUCGAGUCGGAGCUCCAAAUGCGGCAGGAGGGCCGCCGCGCCAUGAUCCAGUCGAUUUUGUCGGGCCCGGUCUCGCCCUAUCUGGACACGCUCAACCAGCUGGCGCGGUACCCAAACGACAUGAAGAAGGAGAUGAAGGUCAAGUUUGUUGGCGAGGAAGGCGUCGACGAAGGCGGCGUCCGCAAGGAGUUCUUCCAGGUCAUCGUCCGCGAGCUCUUUGACGCCCGGUUCGGCAUGUUUGCCUUUGACGAGGAGACCGGCUCGUACUACUUUAACCCGGCCAGCCUCGAGGGGGAGCGCGAGUUCAAGCUCUGCGGCAUCGUCCUUGGCCUCGCCAUCUACAACAAGGUCAUCAUCGACAUGCACUUUCCACGGGUCGUCUACAACCGGCUCUGCGGGCUCACUCCAAACCUCGCAGACCUCAUCGACGCCAUGCCAGCCGUCGGGCGCAACCUCAAGUACAUCCGCGACGAGUUUGACGGCGACUACGCCGACCUCGCACUGUUCUUCGAGUACGAGUAUGACAACUUUGGCCAGGUCGUCACCGUCGAGCUCUGUGAUGGCGGCUCGGAGCGGGCGGUGACCGCCGACAACGUCGCCGAGUACGUCGAUCGCUACGUCCGGUACGUUCUCGUCGAUGCGGUCGAGGCCCAGUUUGGCGCCUUUGCCGAAGGCUUCCGCUCGGUCGUCGGCUCGGAUGCGCCGCAUGCCGCCGUCUCGCUCUUUGCGCCGUCAGAGCUCGAGCUCCUCAUCUGUGGCUCGGAAGAGCUCGACUUUACCGCUCUCGAGGAGGUGACUCGCUACGAGGGCUUUGACGACAAUGACCCGACGGUCCGCGCCUUUUGGGAAGUUGUCCACGAGUUUGACGUCGAGAUGAAGAAGAAGCUCCUGUUCUUCACCACCGGCUCGGACCGGGUGCCCAUCAAAGGCCUCAAGGCGCUCAACUUUGUCGUCAUGCGCGCUGGUGGCGACUCGGAUCGGCUGCCGACCUCGCACACUUGCUACAACACCAUCCUCCUUCCGCCGUACGAGUCCAAGGACAAGCUCCGUACCCUGCUCAUCAAGGCCCUCUCAAACGCCGAGGGCUUUGGCAUGCUCUGA